UCCGUCCUCGCUGGGCAUGGAGCGGGGAUCGGGCCUCUCCGGCAUCGGUCCCGGCGCCGUGCCGCCCGGGAGGUGCUCCCGGCGUUGCUGCCUCGAGCCUGCCGUCGCUGUGUGAUGGAGGCACGGUGCCGCUCUUGCUAGUGACGCGCACCUUUUGGCUGAAGGUACGGCGGCAUCGCUGCAUUGCCGAGUUCCUCCACGCCCUGCGGGACCCUCGGUUGCCCCCACCCUGCCCGCAGCCCGCCGCGUCUCGUGGCAGCCGGGGAGAUGUGCCAGCCACCAUGUUGGCUCUGCUGUGGAGCUGCCAGGUGACUGACAUGGUGGCUGGGACGGCCGCGCGUGUGUGGCUGCUGGCGGCGGCUGCUGCUCUGCCAGGGAAAAACACCGGCGCUGUCGGGCUGGUCACCCGCGUCAAGGCUACUUUCCCUGCCGAUGUUUGGUGUUAGAUGUAAGUCGGGCAGCCUGCGAGCAGCAGGCUGGAUCGAUGCCUGCCGUGACUACGUGGUGCGAUCUAAUGGCUCGGAGGCUGAUUGCUGUCCUCUGCGUCCUGUUGGCCACUCAGGUCACUGGCGAGGGUCCUUGUUCUGAGAAGCCUGUGCUCAACUGCUCUAGGGAAGAGAUUACUUGUAACUUUUCCUGUAGGUUUUGCCACUUAUUUGCAGUAAUGGACGAUGCCUCUGUUAAAAUAUUAUGUGGAUGUGAAUUUAUUACUGUGGGGCUGCAUUUCUGGCCUUGUGAAUAGAAAGGCAAUGUUCUGACCACACCUCAGGCCUUGAGUGUGCAAUGCUCGGAUCCGUGUUACCCUGGUUUUUUUCUGCCUUCCUCCCACCCAGGUUCUGAAUGUGUCCCCUCUUUCUUUCUCAUACGUUGAUUAUAUGUCCCUCACACUGGCCUAUAGAAGAAUUUCUGCUGCCCUUUGUACUGCCACUGUCUUCAGCAUUUUCCCUCUUUUCUGUUUUGCCGCCUCUAUUUCCGCAUUCCUGAUUCUCUUGGUCUUCUCUGCUUGAGCUUCUCUUCCAUAUUUUUUCCCUUGGCUGUCUUUCCUUUUCAUCCCCUUGUACCAUUUGGGAGACUGCAUCUUGGUUCUACUGUGUCCAUGUUGCUUUUUGUUGAAAGAUCUACUUGGGAUCCAGUUUGCAGAUCUUUCCUCUUCUUGACACUUUUUCAUGGCACUUCAGUGCUCACUGUUCAGUUAACAGACAUAUCCUGUGCAUUCUAACUUACUGAAUGUAUCUUGUUUACAAAGACUGCUCUCCUGUCUAGUUAUUAUGACAUUACCAAAUGUCUUUUUCUCUACAUAACUUUAAGAUCCACUCACCUGCAAUUUUUGACCAAUAGUGAUGGUGUCCGACAAGGAUUAUAUUGAUGUACAUGCAUAAUUAUCAGGCAAAUCUUCAGGCUUCAACUGUUCUUGCUGUUGCUUCUGCCCUCAUGGAUAGACAAAUGAGAACCAGAAUGUCUCAAGGAGGAGUCACAAGUCAUACUGAAUCUGAAUUUACCAAGAAACAGCAAAAAAAAAAACAAACCCUACAAAUGUGGAAACGGAGUGACCAGUUGGGAAGAGCAACAAGGCACUGGUCUAAACAUGAAUGCAUGACCAACCCUCAGCACGUUGGCAGGUUGUAUGGAAAGCAGGUAAAAUGGUGGCAAUCUGGGAAUUCAUCUUGAGAAGCUUCUCUUUUUUUGUGAUCACUUGAAUUUCAUAUCUCAUUUGAGGGGAUACUGACAGUGGGUUUCAUCAUUUGACUCACCACCACAGCAUGCCCGAGGUCUGCUUUUGUAUCACAAGAGAAUUAGUUCUUUUUCACCUUGAGUUACACUAACUGAUGUUUAGUUGUGGUAAGUAAUGCCCUGGGAAAACCUGAUAUCCAUGAUGUUUUCCAGGAUUAUGGAACAACCAAAACCAUCUUUAAAAGCUCUUAAUGGUUUCACUCAAUUCAGUAAAUGCUUAUGGGGAAGCUAGGAAGUUUAGUUAAGUUGGUGUAGAUAAUAAAGACAGACUCAGCAAAAUACCAUGGAAUAGCUUUUUUUCUUUCUUUCUAUUUUUAAUUUUGAAUUUGUAUGAUAUGAUGACCCUAUGAGAGUGGCAAAGGAAGUAUUUCCUCUGAGUGACACCACAUAUUGAAGUGUAUCUCUGGAUGCUCAGGCCAUUCACACAUUUCAUUAUCUUUGGGGCUCAUAAACCUUUGCUCUGGAGCUUUCUUUCAGAAGGUUAUUAGCUGUUCUGGGAUGCUGUACCGAAAUGGUCAGCAUUCUGGGCAGCUCUGAGAGGUGAGGCCAAAGCCUAGAGCUAUGAUAAGUAUUUAGGAAGUCUAAAUAAAGUGUUUUGUUAUUUCAGCUUAUAUAAUUGCAUGACUGUGCUGAUUAAUAGAAAAAAAUAUAUACAUGUUAUUAAAAAGAAGUAGUUAUAGGAAAAUGUGCCACAAUUUUUGGCUUUUCAUUAAUUAAUUUCAUUUACGGGUAUCUGGCAGCAAGACAUGGCAGUCACAUUUAAGGUCAAGCUGGAUCAGGCUCUGAGCAACCUGGUCUAGCUGUUGAUGUCCCUAUUCAUUGCAGGGGAGUUGGACUAGAUGACCUUUAAAAGUCCCUUCCAACUCUGAGAAUUCCAUGAUUUGGGCAAUUGAGGGCUGGCAGGUUGGGUUUCUCAGGAGAGUUGAUCAGUCUGAAUAGAGCAAAAAGUGUCCAGACCAUCCUUGAUUAUUUCUGCAUGAGACUGGCCAGUGUCAUAUAGGCAGUACAUGGUUUGGUAGCUAUGGUGGGUCAUUUUUCUUCCAAUACUGAACAUGGAGCUUGGUUAGAUAUUAAGAGCACUAUUUCUAAAACAACCGGUCUCAAAGAAGGUGUAGAGCUUCUGCUGCUCUUUGAAAUGCUCUCCUUUUUGUUCAAAUUUCCUAAGAUGCUUAAAGAAACAGCACAACUCUUUUCGUGUCUGUAGUUCAUUGCAUAGUGUACGUUUGUAACAUUAAGUAAAUAAUAUCAGCUCCCGUAUUAGCUUGUAUUUCUCUUUUUCACUAUAGAAAUGUCACCUCACAUGAACCUCCUGUUAUCCAGUGACUCAUUUAUUAUAAAUGGAUCCUGAGAUUUUUGGAGGCACAGAUAACUGCUUUCUUUAAAUUACUUUUUUUUUUUUUUUCCCCAAUUGCUAGCACUAAGGCAAUCUGAAGCAGAAGCAGACAUUCGCUGCCUUUCUUGUCUUCCCCUUAGAGCUCAUGCAUGUUGCUUCCAAAAUCCGUUACCUUCAAGAAUACCACAACCGGGUUCUGCACAACAUUUACCCUGUGCCCUCUGGGACUGACAUUGCAAAUACUCUGAAAUACUUUUCUCAGACAUUAUUGAGCAUUUUGUCUCGCACAGGGAAGAAGGAGAAUCAAGAUGCCUCCAAUUUGACAGUGCCCAUGACCAUGUGUCUUUUUCCUGUGCCAUUCCCACUCACCCCAUCUCUAAGACCACAGGUCAGUUCCAUCAACCCUACUGUUACUCGCUCCCUCCUUUACAGCGUCCUGCGAGAUGUUCCAUCAGAACGUGGCCAGCAAAGUCGUGAUGCUCAGUUAUCAGACUACCCAUCUUUGGACUAUCAAGGACUUUACGUGACACUGGUGACACUGCUGGAUCUAGUUCCAUUGCUACAACAUGGUCAACAUGAUCUUGGGCAAUCAAUUUUUUACACUACUACAUGCUUGCUUCCUUUUCUCAAUGAUGAUAUUUUGAGUACUUUACCUUAUACAAUGAUUUCAACAUUAGCUACCUUUCCACCAUUUCUACACAAGGAUAUUAUAGAAUAUCUCAGCACAUCUUUUCUGCCUAUGGCUAUCUUGGGCUCCUCGAAAAGGGAAGGUGUUCCAGCUCAUGUCAACCUAUCUGCAUCAUCAAUGCUAAUGAUUGCAAUGCAAUACACAUCAAACCCAGUGUAUCACUGCCAGUUACUGGAAUGUCUCAUGAAAUAUAAACAGGAAGUAUGGAAAGAUUUGCUAUAUGUCAUAGCCUAUGGACCAUCUCAAGUUAAACCUCCAGCAGUACAAAUGUUAUUUCACUAUUGGCCCAAUUUAAAACCCCCUGGAGCAAUCAGUGAGUACAGAGGACUGCAAUACACAGCUUGGAAUCCUAUUCAUUGCCAGCAUAUUGAAUGCCAUAAUGCAAUUAACAAACCAGCUGUAAAGAUGUGCAUUGACCCAUCCUUGUCUGUGGCUUUGGGCGAUAAACCACCUCCCCUAUAUCUUUGUGAAGAAUGCAGCCAGAGAAUUGCAGGGGAUCACAGUGAAUGGUUGAUUGAUGUUCUUCUACCACAAGCUGAAAUUUCUGCUAUAUGUCAGAAGAAGAACUGUAGUUCACAUGUCAGAAGAGCUGUGGUUACAUGCUUCUCAGCAGGAUGCUGUGGUCGACAUGGCAACAGGCCGGUGCGCUAUUGCAAAAGAUGCCAUUCAAAUCAUCACAGCAGUGAAGUUGGGGCAGCAGCAGAAACCCAUCUUUACCAGACCUCACCACCCCCUAUCAACACACGGGAGUGUGGGGCAGAGGAGCUUGUGUGUACUGUAGAAGCUGUGAUCAGCUUGCUGAAAGAAGCGGAGUUCCAUGCUGAGCAGAGGGAGCAUGAACUCAACCGCAGGAGGCAGAUGGGCCUUUCCUCUUCUCAUCACUCCCUGGACAACACAGACUUUGAUAAUAAAGAUGAUGACAAGCACGACCAACGACUCCUAAGCCAAUUUGGUAUCUGGUUCUUGGUGAGCCUUUGCACUCCCAGUGAGAAUACACCCACAGAGAGUUUAGCAAGGCUGGUUAGCAUGGUGUUUCAGUGGUUUCACUCUACAGCUUACAUGAUGGAUGAUGAAGUUGGUAGCCUGGUUGAAAAGCUCAAACCCCAGUUUGUUACCAAGUGGUUGAAGACAGUUUGUGAUGUCCGGUUUGAUGUCAUGGUUAUGUGCCUCCUUCCUAAACCAAUGGAGUUUGCCAGGGUUGGUGGAUACUGGGACAAAUCAUGUAGUGCUGUGACCCAAUUAAAAGAAGGCCUGAAUCGAAUCCUUUGCUUGAUUCCAUACAAUGUAAUAAACCAGCCAGUAUGGGAAUGUAUAAUGCCAGAGUGGUUGGAAGCUAUAAGGACAGAAGUGCCUGAUAAUCAACUGAAAGAAUUCCGAGAAGUAUUAAGCAAAAUGUUUGACAUUGAACUUUGCCCUCUCCCUUUCUCCAUGGAAGAGAUGUUUGGCUUCAUCAGUUGUCGAUUCACAGGGUAUCCAGCCUCUGUGCAAGAACAAGCAUUGCUUUGGUUGCAUGUGUUAUCUGAGCUUGAUAUUGUUGUUCCUCUUCAGUUACUAAUCAGCAUGUUUUCUGAUGGAGUUAAUUCUGUGAAGGAAUUAGCAAAUCAAAGAAAAUCUAGAGUCAGUGAACUGGCAGGAAAUGUUGCAGCUCGGAGGGUAAGCGUUGCUUCUGACCCUGGUCGCAGAGUUCAGCACAACAUGCUGAGUCCUUUCCCAAGCCCCUUCCAGAGCCCAUUUCGAAGUCCUAUACAUAGUCCUUUUCACAGUCCCUUCAAGAACUUUGGGCAUCCUAGUGGAAAGGCAAUUGAUUUUGACUGUGAGGAUGAUGAAAUGAAUCUUAAUUGCUUCAUUUUGAUGUUCGACCUCAUCUUGAAGCAGAUGGAACUCCAGGAUGAUGGUGUCACUUUGGGCUUAGAGAACAGUAUUUCAAAAGAUAUAAUAUCCAUCAUAAACAAUGUGUUCCAAGCACCCUGGGGUGGUUCUCACACAUGUCAGAAAGAUGAAAAAGCAGUUGAAUGUGGUCUGUGUCAGUCCAGCAUUCUGUGUUACCAGCUGGGUUUUGAGCUGCUGGAACAACUUGCUCCAAAAGAAGAAAUCAGACUAGUGGAGCCCACAGAUAACCUUGAGGAUAGUCUUCUGUAUACUAGACCUGAGUUUAUUAUAGGAACUGAAGGAGAAGAGGAAGACAAAUCAGCACCAAAACAUGGGGAAAACCCAGGGAAUCACACAGAGACCACGGAAAAUACUGCGAUAAAGAAUGAUACAGAAAGAAAAUUUUGUUAUCAGCAACUUCCAGUUACCUUGAAGCUCAUAUACACUAUACUGCAGGAAAUGUCAAGAUUUGAAGAACCAGACAUUCUUUUUAACAUGCUGAACUGUCUGAAGAUUCUUUGUCUUCAUGGAGAAUGCCUGUAUAUAGCAAGAAAGGACCAUCCGCAAUUUCUUGCUUAUAUUCAAGAUCAUAUGCUGAUUUCAAGCUUAUGGGGAGUUGUGAAGUCUGAGUUCUCUCAGCUUUCUUCCCUGGCAGUCCCACUGGUUCUUCAUGCACUUUCACUUCCUCAUGGAGCUGAUAUUUUCUGGACAAUCAUAAACAGCAAUUUCAACAGCAAAGACUGGAAGAUGAGGUUUGAAGCAGUGGAGAAGGUGGCUGUAUUGUGCAGAUUUUUGGAUAUCCACUCUGUGACAAAAAAUCACCUACUGAAGUACUCUUUGGCUCAUGCAUUCUGCUGUUUCCUGACUGCUGUGGAAGAUGUCAACCCAGCAGUAGCUACAAGAGCUGGAUUAUUACUUGACACCAUAAAGAGGCCAGCUUUACAGGGUCUUUGUCUCUGCCUUGAUUUCCAGUUUGACACAGUUGUCAAGGACAGGCCCACAAUUCUCAGUAAGCUUUUGCUACUUCAUUUUCUAAAAGCGGAUAUUCCAGCUUUGAGCUGGGAGUUCUUUGUGAAUCGCUUUGAGACCUUGUCUCUGGAAGCACAGCUUCAUCUGGACUGCAACAAAGAAUUCCCUUUCCCAACAACUAUCACUGCUGUCCGGACAAAUGUCGCCAACCUCAGUGAUGCAGCAAUGUGGAAGAUCAAGAGGGCUCGUUUCGCACGUAAUCGUCAGAAGAGUGUGCGUUCCCUGAGGGACAGUGUGAAGGGACCAGUGGAGUCAAAGAGAGCGCUCUCCCUUCCAGAAACCUUAACCACCAAAAUUCCUGUGAGCUUGACCAGACAUGAGCAGUCUGCUCCAGCACUUGGCGGAACACCAGAGCAAACACCAGGACAACCCUCCCCAGAGAAUGAUAAUACGAUAAAAGACUUACUGCCAGAGGAUGCUGGGAUUGAUCACCAGACUGUUCACCAGCUGAUCACUGUGCUAAUGAAGUUCAUGGCAAAGGAUGAAAGCAGUGCUGAGUCGGACAUCAGCAGCGCUAAAGCUUUCAACACAGUCAAGCGCCAUCUGUAUGUCCUGCUUGGUUAUGAUCAGCAGGAAGGAUGCUUCAUGAUUGCACCACAAAAAAUGCGUGUUUCCACCUGCUUUAAUGCCUUUAUUGCUGGAAUAGCACAAGUGAUGGACUACAACAUCAACCUGGGAAAACACCUUCUUCCUUUGGUGGUGCAGGUGUUGAAAUACUGCACUUGUCCUCAGCUAAGGCAUUACUUUCAGCAGCCUCCUCGCUGCUCUCUCUGGUCCCUCAAACCUCACAUUCGGCAGAUGUGGUUAAAGGCUUUACUUGUCAUUCUCUAUAAGUACCCCUACAGAGACUGUGAAAUCAGCAAGAUUGUACUUCACUUAAUCCAUAUCACAGUCAAUACCCUCAAUGCUCAGUAUCACAGCUGCAAGCCCCAUGCAACUGCUGGUCCUUUGUAUAGUGACAACAGUAACAUAAGCCGAUACAGUGAAAAGGAAAAAGCAGAGGAAGACAGUGUUUUUGAUGAGUCUGACAUUCAUGAUACACCAACUGGGCCUUGCAAUAAAGAAUCUCAAACAUUCUUUGCAAGACUGAAAAGAAUUGGUGGCAGCAAAAUGGUGAAAUAUCAACCAGUUGAGAUGAAUGCUCAGAGAAGUGAAAUAGAGCUGGCUGAAUAUAGAGAGACGGGGGCCUUACAAGACAGUAUUCUACGCUGUGUGAGAGAAGAAAGCAUUCAGAAAAAAAAACUACGCUCUCUAAAACAAAAAUCUCUUGAUAUAGGGAAUGCAGACUCCCUGUUGUUUACAUUAGAUGAACAUCGCAGGAAGUCCUGCAUAGAUCGAUGUGACUUAGAAAAACCACCUGUCCCUGCUGCUUACACGAUACACAGGCAGAGUGAUUACGGACGAUCUCGACAGAAUUCUUCUACUAAAGCUGAAAAUAUAGAAAUACAAGAAAAUCCUCCUUCUGCAGAGAGUUUCCAGGAAACAAGACGACCUGUCAUACCAGAAGUUAGGUUAAACUGCAUGGAAACUUUUGAAGUGAAGGUGGACUCUCCAGUUAAACCUACUGGUCCCAAGGAAGAUUUAGAUCUGAUAGAUUUGUCCUCUGACUCAACGUCAGGCCCCGAAAAGCAUUCAGUACUUUCCACUUCAGACAGUGACUCUUUAGUCUUUGAACCACUUCCUCCUCUAAGAAUAGUGGAGAGUGAUGAAGAAGAAACAAUAAACCAGUUAAAUGAUGAGGUCUCUGGCAAAACCACUGUGUCAUCUCCCUCAACACCUAUCAACAUCUCUGCGCUCAGCCUCAGCACAACACCUCUAGUCCAGUUCAGCAUUGAAGAUUGCUCCAAAGACUUUAGCUCUAAGGAUACAAGCAACAGCACUUCAGCAGGAAUAGAGGACAUCCUUUCUACUUCUCCCAAAGAUAAAAAGAACUCUUUGGAUUUAGGUAAGCCUGAAGAACUUCAUGACGUUUCCUGUGGGAACUCACUAACACUGAAACAGAAAAGGGACCUGCUGCAGAAGUCAUUUGCCCUUCCAGAAACGUCCCUUGAUGAUAACUCUGAACUCAAUGUGGAGGAAAUUAGGCCUAGCGGAGCAAUUCCAAGUCCCAAUGUUAAAACAGUGCUCAUUAAAGUUCCUGAGGAUUCUGAAAAGCAAACCGAAAGUGAUAAACUUGGUAACAACCCAGAGUCUGAUACUGAACAAAACACAGAACAAAAACAAGAAGAGGAGACUGAGGAGUCAGAAUUUAAGAUUCAGAUUGUCCCCCGCCAGAGGAAGCAGAGGAAGAUUGCUGUGAGUGCUAUUCAGAGAGAAUACCUGGACAUUUCCUUUAACAUCCUUGACAAGCUGGGAGAACAGAAGGAAGCAGAUCCUGCUGCCAAAGGGCUUUCAACUCUGGAAAUGCCAAGAGAAUCAUCUUCUGCACCAACCCUUGAAGCAGGUGUCCCAGAGACAAGUAGUCACUCUUCCAUAUCAACUCAGUUCAGACAAAUGAAAAGAGGCUCUUUGGGAGCUCUGACAAUGAACCAGCUAAUGAAGAGGCAGCUGGAACACCAGUCUAGUGCUCCCCACAAUAUCAGCACUUGGGAUACUGAGCAGAUACAGCAUGGAAAACGGCUAUGCAAUGUCCCUGUUUGCCUAAACCCUGACUUGGAGGGACCACCGCUAAGAAUCAGAGGUGCCACAAAAUCUAGCUUGUUAUCAGCACCCAGUAUAGUCAGUAUGUUUGUACCUGCACCAGAAGAAUUUGCUGAUGACCAGCCCACUGUGAUGACUGACAAAUGCCAUGAUUGUGGAGCAAUUCUUGAAGAAUAUGAUGAAGAAACACUAGGCCUGGCAAUAGUUGUGCUCUCAACCUUCAUUCACCUUAGUCCAGACUUGGCUGCUCCUCUACUGUUAGACAUCAUGCAGUCUGUUGGAAGGUUGGCAUCAAGUACCAGUUUCUCUAAUCAAGCAGAAAGCAUGAUGAUCCCUGGAAAUGCUGCAGGUGUGGCCAAGCAGUUCCUCCGCUGUGUGUUCCAUCAGCUCGCUCCCAAUGGCAUCUUCCCCCAGCUCUUUCAGAGCAAUAUUAAAGAUGGAAGUUUCUUACGGACCUUAGCCACAUCUCUGAUGGACUUCAGUGAGUUGAGUUCUAUUGCUGCUCUAAGCCAACUGUUAGAGGGUUUAAAUAACAAAAAGAAUUUACCAGCAGGGGGUGCGAUGCUACGCUGUUUGGAAAAUAUUGCUACCUUUAUGGAAGCCUUGCCAAUGGAUUCGCCCAGCAACCUUUGGACUACAAUUAGUAAUCAGUUUCAGACCUUCCUUACCAAACUCCCUUGUGUUUUGCCACUUAAGUGUUCUUUAGAUUCUAGUUUAAGAAUAAUGAUUUGCUUGCUGAAGAUACCUACCACUAGUGCCACAAGGAGUCUUCUGGAGCCUUUUUCAAAAUUACUAAGUUUUGUCAUUCAGAAUGCUGUCUUCACUCUGGCCUACCUGGUGGAACUGUGUGGUUUGUGCUACCGAGCCUUCACUAAGGAAAGGGACAAAUUCUACUUGACACGCAGUGUCAUAUUGGAGUUAUUGCAGGCACUGAAGUUAAAAUCACCAUUACCAGACAUGAAUCUAUUGCUGUUGGUCCAGUUUGUUUGUGCAGACGCUGGAACUAAACUAGCUGAAUCAACAAUCUUGCAUAAACAGAUGAUUGCCUCACUGCCUGGAUGUGGAACAGCAGCAAUGGAGUGCAUGAGGCAGUAUGUUGGGGAAGUGCUGGAUUUCAUUGCAGAUAUGCAUACCUUAACCAAACUGAAGAGUCAUAUGAAGACUUGUUCUCAGCCACUGCAUGAAGACACGUUUGGAGGGCAUCUGAAAGUUGGUUUAGCUCAGAUUACUGCUAUGGAAAUCACACGAGGAAACCACAGAGACAACAAAGCUGUGAUCCGAUAUUUGCCUUGGCUUUACCAUCCUCCUUCAGCAAUGCAACAAGGGCCCAAAGAAUUCAUAGAAUGUGUUUCACAUAUUCGUUUGCUGUCCUGGCUACUCCUGGGGUCACUGACACACAAUGUUGUCUGUCCAAAUUCUCCAUCAUCUUGCAUGCCUAUUCCACUGGAUGCAGGUUCACAAAUUGCUGACCACCUUAUUGUUAUUCUGAUUGGGUUUCCAGAGCAAUCAAAGACAUCUGUUCUGCACAUGUGUUCCCUCUUCCAUGCAUUUAUAUUUGCUCAGCUCUGGACAGUGUAUUGUGAACAAACAGCAGUAGCUCCAACCGUCCAGAAUCAGAACGAAUUUAGUUUUACAGCGAUCCUUACAGCCCUGGAGUUCUGGAGCCGAGUGACACCUAGCAUCCUACAGCUGAUGGCCCAUAACAAAGUGAUGGUGGAAAUGGUAUGUCUGCAUGUGAUUAGUUUAAUGGAGGCUUUACAGGAAUGCAACUCUACUAUCUUUGUAAAGCUAAUACCAAUGUGGUUGCCAAUGAUACAGUCAAAUCUUAAGCAUUUGUCUGCUGGACUUCAGCUGCGCCUCCAAGCCAUCCAGAGCAAUGUCAACCAUCACAGCCUAAGGAUGUUACAGGGGUCAGGACAAAUGAACAAUAGCUCGUCAGUGCUCCGCAAAUGGCUGCAGUGUACCCAGUUUAAAAUGGCUCAAGUGGAAAUUCAAUCAUCAGAAGCUGCAUCUCAAUUUUAUCCUUUAUGAUUCACAUAAAUUGCUCCAAAUAUUAAUUUUUAGUCUAGCAAUAAUGGAGUUAGAGCUGUAGAACACCUUUUGUAAUAAGCAGUAUAUAGAGUAUAUACUGUAUCUAUACUUUUUAGCCUAGAACGGAUUGUGGAAAAGUUUAUGUGAAGCUAAGAGUCUGAUUCUGCCAGUCCUUAAUUACAUUAAUCAUUUAUACUCAAAGGAGCAGGAUCGACAAUUAUUCAAGUCUGCAUUCACAAACAUGUAUUUUGCAGGAUUGGACUUAAAUCUAUCUCGUUGUACAUAUCUCUCUGAUCACAGAAAUAUCUCGUUAAUAAAUGUUUCUUUACGUUAUUUUUGAAGCUAAUACAAAAAUCACCUUUCUUUAACUUCUAUUUUUUUUAAAACUAGAAUUGUGGGUAUUCUCAAACAUAUGGAAGUGCUAUGUUGCUAUUUUUUGAUGAUAAUAAAGAAAACUGGCUUUUUAGGAACCUUUAUAGUUAUUUGGGGAGACUUCUUUUUUUUUUU